AGGUAUAAUCGUUUGCAUAUUAACACCAAAGUCGUGGAAUUGACAAACAUUCUUCCAUGGCUUAUCAUAAGAUUUCUAGUGUUCUUUUUCUUGUGUUACUUAGUGCAACCAUAUGUUAUGCUUCUUCUAGAGCCCUCCUUACUCUAGAGGGAGGUCUUGGCUAUGGUGGUGGUUCAGAAGGAGGUUAUGGAGUUGGUGGAGCUGGGGGAUAUGGAGGUGGUGGAGGUGGAGGUUCUGGAGGUGGUGGUGGUUAUGGAGGUAUGGUUGAUCAUGGUGGAUAUGGAGGUGGUGGUGAAGGUGGUGGUAAUGGUGGGGGUAGUGCUGGCUAUGUACCUGGUGGAGAGCAUGGAGGAGGAUAUGGAGGAGGUGGUGGUGGUGGCCAUGGUGGAGGAGGUGGUUAUGGUGCAGGUGGUGAACAUGGUAUAGGAUAUGGAGGUGGAGGAGGAGCAGGAAGUGGCGGUGGAUAUGGCGGAGGUGCAGAACAUGGAGGCGCAUAUGGUGGUGGUGGAGGAGGUGGUAGUGGUAGUGGUGGUGGUUAUGGUGCGGGAGGUGUUCCUGGAGGCGGUUAUGGAGGCGGAGAAGGGGGAGGAAGUGGUGGUGGCUAUGGAGGAGCAGGAGGUUUACCUGGUAGUGGAUAUGGAGGGGGAGGCGGUCAUGGAGGAGGUGGUGGAGGAGGCUAUGGUGCAGGAGGAGCUGCAGGUGGUGGAUAUGGAAGUGGUGGAGGUGCAGGUGGUGGGGCAGGAGGAGCAUAUGGAGGUGGACAUGCCGGUGGCGGUGGUGGUGGUUCAGGAGGAGGAGGGGGAUAUGGUGGCGAAGGAGGAGCUUACGGUGGUGGACACGCUGGUGGCAGUGGCGGUGGUUCAGGAGGAGGAAGGGGAUAUGGUGGUGGAGGUGAACAUGGAGGUGGGUAUGGAGGGGGUGGUGGAAGUGGUGGAGGUGGUGGUCAUGGUGGCUACAUUCCUUGAAUUUCAUAAUUUCUUCUACUGAAUCUUAAAGAAUCAAUAACAAAUAGGACUAUCUUUUCUUGUUUCCUUGCUUCCUGUUCUCUAGUUAAUGCAUGCAUGCAUGUAUUUUCAUUAGCAUAUAUAAAAUGCUUAAGUACUGAAGUAGCAUCGAUUACUUGUACUUCAAAUAUUAUUAUCCUUGAUGUACUUUCAUAUUGAUAUUCAGAAUAAGAAUCAAACUAUUCAUCA